GCAUUAGUGUUGCGCCUCUUUUGCCAAUCGAUGAGUGCGUCGUCCAAAAAACCAAACAAAAGUCAAACAGUUGUUAACCAAAAGUGUCUUUUUUGUUGUUUACAUAAAAUCUGAUCCGAAAAAUGGGUGUUUCUUGUGGCGCAACAAUCAUCAAGUAUUUGUUGUUUCUCUUCAACGUCUUGUGGCUCGUUUUGGGAGGAGUCGUGCUUUGGCUGGGAAUCAAAGUCACCAUUUGGAGCGGUUCUCUCAGCGAUAUCUAUGAAAACAAUCUGAGAACCGGAUCCAUCAUCAUUCUGGCCGCAGGAGUCCUCAUCUUUCUCCUCGCAUUCCUCGGCUGUUGCGGCGCGUGUCGCGAAAGCGCGUGCAUGUUGUCGACUUACGGAGCGAUAAUCCUGUUGUUGGUGAUCGCGCAGUGCGUGGGCGCGUAUUUCGCUUUCAAAUACAAAACUGACAUUCCGAAAGAAAUAAAUAAAAUCAUUGAAAAAGGAAUCGAAAAAUUUCAAUCCGAAGAUUCGGUCGCAAAAGGAAUUCAAGAAAUCCAACGCUCUUUCGAAUGUUGCGGAACUGACGGACCCAACAGCUGGAGAGUCAAAACUGGAGGCAGAGUUCCCGCCUCCUGUUGUGACGAAUGGUCUUCAGGAGAUUCUCCGCAUAAGUUGUGUUCCGAUUCUAUGAAAAUCAAAUUCACCGAAGGAUGUGCUCAAAAAGUCACUAAUAUUCUCAACAAAUAUGUCGGAGGUCUGGGAGGAGUCGCCAUCGCUCUCGUCCUCAUUCAACUGCUUAUAAUCCUAAGCGCCUGUUGUUUGGCGCGUGAAGUCCGCAACUAAUCCAAAAGUGCCUAAAAAUCCAAUAAAAAACAGUUUUAAAAAAAGUCUAAAAUUCGGUUUAAAUUCGGUUUAAAUUUGCAUAAAUUGAUGGCAUUUCUCGUUAAUUGUUUCUAAAGUUUCUUAAAUUUGAAUUAUUUAUUGAAUUAUUUAUUUAUCUAUUAAUAGAAAUACAGUUUCAAGAGUUUUAUUCAUUUAUUUCAUAACUAUUUAGUAAUAAUAAUAAUUUUCUUAAA